CUAGAAGAGAAGGCUGUCGCCGGUUCGCGUAGUUUGCUAAAUUCACAUCGCUGGGAGUAAAGUGUUUAUUUCGAUAUUUUUUUUUAUAAACAAAAGAAGAAUCGUUACUAUGGAUAAUCUAGAUGCAAAUAUAAUGGAUAAAUCCAUGCGUUCAGUUUUUGUGGGAAAUAUUCCUUAUGAAGCCACCGAAGAGAAGCUUAAGGAUAUUUUUGGGGAAGUAGGACAGGUCUUGUCAUUUAAACUUGUAUUCGACCGAGAGACUGGAAAACCGAAAGGAUAUGGCUUUUGCGAAUAUAGAGAUCAAGAAACUGCACUUAGUGCCAUGCGAAAUUUAAACGGGUACGAAAUUGGUGGUCGUAAUUUACGAGUCGAUAAUGCGUGUACGGAAAAGUCUCGAAUGGAAAUGCAAAACUUGUUGAACCAACCACCAGUUGAAAAUCCCUAUGGAGAACCGAUCCAGGCUGAAAAGGCACCUGAAGCUAUAAGUAAAGCUGUUGCGUCAUUGCCACCAGAACAAAUGUUUGAAUUAAUGAAACAAAUGAAAUUAUGUGUGCAGAACAACCCAUCAGAAGCUCGAAACAUGCUGUUACAAAAUCCACAACUUGCGUAUGCUUUAUUGCAAGCACAAGUUGUUAUGAGAAUUGUUGAUCCUCAAACUGCUUGUAGCAUGCUUCAUCCAGAGACAUCUGUGCCACCCCCAUUAUUGCCCAACGAGAAACCAAUUCACGGUCCAGUUCCUUUGAAUAAUAAUUUUAUAGCGCAAAUCCAACAACCACCUAUUAUUCGGCAAGAAUUUCCACCGAUUCCUCCCCUACUACAAAAUUCUCAGCCACCCGUGUUUACAGGGCAGGAUGUCGAUUUACGCUCUUUGGACAUGAGAGGACCUGGCGAUCCUCGAUUGGGAGGUGUGCGCAUUGGUGGUGACCAGGACAUGCGACCGCUUCCAGUGCAGUUACCCAAUCCACUACCGCCACCUGUUUCAGAAAACCUACCUAAAGUGGAUUUGAAAAGUGAUAGUUUUGCAAGGGAUCCUCGCAGUGGAGCCGGCAUUGGCGGUGGAGGAUUUACCGAUCCUCGUCAAACCAGAUUACAAGAUCCUAGGCACAAAAACAUGCCCAUUCCUCCAAUUCCAAUUGCUGUACAACCGGUAAGGCCACCAAUUCCUGUUCCGACUGUUAUUCCUAAUGUAUCUCGGAUUAAUUCUGGUAUGUCGCCAAACAUUGGAAAUGCGGGUGCAUCUGAUCAAGAAAAGGCUGCAUUAAUCAUGCAAGUUCUACAACUGUCUGAUGAACAAAUAGCAAUGUUGCCUCCGGAACAACGUAAUAGUAUAAUUGUAUUGAAAGAACAAAUUGCAUUAAGCACUCAACGUUAAAAUGUAAUUUUUGUAAUACAUCGAGGGAUAUUUAUAUAUUGUGCAUGUGUAGUUGCUCUUA